AACCUAUGUUUGAUGAUCAACAAGAUGACUACUACUCACAACUUCAAAUCGAAUAUUUAAAUUUGUUUGAAUUGUCAGAUUCUGAAAGUGAUAGUAUAGAUAUUGACAAUCAGCAUAAAUAUUUAUAUUAUAUACGUGUUGAUGAUACUUUUAAAAAAUUGGAAGAAAACUUGACAGAUAUGCGAUGGAACGUAGAUUUGUAG